ACUGUGAGCCUGCCUUAACGUCUCUGCACUUCGUGCCCGUGUAUCUGUGUGCAGACAGAAAUAACAAUAGCUUUGCUUAUCGCCAAAUCAGUUGCUGACUUGUGUGUGUGUGUGUGUGCGCGUGUGUAGAGCGCUGUCGCAGAUUUUGUACGUUUUGUGCAAAAAUUCAUGAAAUUAACUGUUACAAACAAACAAAACGAAAGUGUUACGCAGCCCAUUCUUGUAAUUAACGCUACACCUGCAGCAACUAUAACAAAAACAACAACAAUAACACCAACACUAUUUAACACUUACCUUGACGUCAUUUUUUUUUCAGACGACAAAAACGUUAAAAACCGUAUUUGUUGUUGUUUUGUGCUUUGGUUUUUGGUGGCUGUCCGUGCUUGGCACGAAGCGAACGAACGAACGUUUUUAAUCAAAACUUGUUGUUGGUGUUGUUAUUAUUGUCACUCGGGUUUAUACAGUGCGUAAAAAACGUCUGGCGGCAACCGCUAAAAGAGCGAGUGUAAAAAUUUGCAUUAAUGCAGCCCCGCGAUGUCAAAUUAAUGAAUGAGUUUUGUGAACAACAACACUAACCAAAGGCAACAAAACUAAUUGCAAAAACAAACACAAUUAACCGUGAAAAUAAGCGCGAAAGAAGCGAAUAAAAAACAUCACAAUGGUUUAUUACAUUCCAAUUUUCGGACGUACAGACCCUCCGGAUAAAAUAAUUACAAAGGAGAAAAGUGUGGUCUGCCUGCAGGAUGAGUUCGGACACUUAGGACUUGCCGCCACAGAUCUGCCUUUCAAGUCAGCAGACAUCGAUUCCUCUGCACCGCAGCUUCACAACAACUAUGCAGAGAUUACGGACAGCAGUGCUGAGAACACGUGCCAGCAACGCUGGCCACCACAUGUGGGAGGUGGUGGAUUGGCCAGUGCGUUUGGUCAUCCGGAUAAGCCGAUUAGCUGGAUGUAUGGCUUACUGGGCUGUAUGAAGCCCGUGUUGUCCUUCAUUGGCAAGGCGGGCGUCAUCGAAGUGAAGAACCAGCGCAGCGAAAACUGGGAAAUACCCUUCGAGUCCAUUACGGAUCUGGACUGGUUGGGCAGUGGGGCACAGGGCGCUGUCUUUAGCGGCAAGCUAAAGAAUGAAAUUGUGGCUGUCAAGAAGGUGAAGGAAUUGAAGGAAACGGACAUCAAGCACUUGCGCAAGCUGGAUCAUGAGAACAUUAUCAAAUUCAAAGGCGUUUCUACGCAGUCCCCUGUUUUUUGCAUCAUCAUGGAGUAUUGUCCGUAUGGCCCGCUGCAGAACAUAUUGAAGGAGGAGCAGGUCAUGUUGCCGUCCCGUUUGGUCUCUUGGUCCAAACAAAUUGCAUUGGGAAUGCAAUAUUUGCACUCACAUAAGAUCAUACAUAGAGAUCUAAAGAGUCCCAACAUACUGAUUAGUACAAAUGAAGUGGUGAAGAUCAGCGACUUUGGCACCAGUCGCGAGUGGAACGAGAUUAGCACCAAGAUGAGCUUUGCAGGCACUGUCGCCUGGAUGGCGCCGGAGGUUAUUCGAAACGAGCCCUGCUCGGAGAAGGUUGACAUUUGGUCGUAUGGUGUUGUGCUCUGGGAAAUGCUCACCUGUGAAAUACCGUACAAGGAUGUCGACUCAUCGGCCAUUAUUUGGGGCGUGGGCAAUAAUUCACUCAAGCUGCUAGUGCCCAGCACCUGUCCCGAGGGCUUCAAGCUGCUGGUCAAGCUUUGCUGGAAAAGCAAGCCGCGCAACCGCCCGUCGUUCCGGCAAAUACUCAGCCAUCUGGAGAUCGCCGGUCCGGAGCUGUUGCGCAAAACUGAAAAGCAAUAUUUUGAAACGCAAAAGUCUUGGAAGGAGGAGGUGCGUAGCCAUCUCAAGGAGAUCACUCAGAACGGCACUAGCAUACACAAGUAUGAGCAGGACUUGAUCAAGCGACGCACCGCCGAAUGGCGCCAUGCGCAGGACAUACGCAUGGUCUACGAGGACAAGCUGCAGAAGACAAAUCAGCUGUUCUUCGAGCUAAGCGAGUGCAUGACACAGCUGCAGGAGAAAGAGAAAGAAAUUGCCGAGCGGGAACGUAAGUUGCCCGGCUCUGGCUACAAGCCCACUAGACGUUUUGGCAACACUCUCAGGAAAAUGCAACAUUACCGACGACGACUGAAUGCGCCACCAGCACAACCAAUUCCACAACAGCAAUCCUCAACGCCUGAUCCCGAGACCACGCCAGAGAGUCCCGUGAAAUGUGUACUCUAUGCGCAACUGGAUGGCAAUUGCCAGCCAAAAUCCUAUUGCGCUGUCGGUACCAGCAUUCUUGUCGGCGGUAAUAUGUCUAACAAGAACAAGAAGACUUGGCGUCAUCGACGCAAUGGCUCUGGUUCCUUUGCCGCGCCACCCAAAUACAGUCCGACGCGUGAUCGUCGCUAUCAAAGCGAGCCGGAAAAUCGCAAGGUACAACUGGUCGAGCGGCAAACUCAAACAGAUGCCAUGGAUGUCAGUGAGACGGACAUUAGUCCCAGCGUCGAGCAACUAGCUGAUGUGCCCCAGCCGCCACCCAAUCAUCGCCAGCUGCCGCUGCAACUACAACGUAUCCAGCAGCUAGCCACCGCCAUGGCGCAAGCCAAGGUUCUUGGUGGCAGCAUACCAGCAGCCGCCAGCAGCUCACCGGCGAAUGCUGCCAGUCCCUCCAAUGGCAACUCGCUGAGCAACAGCGAGCUGACCUAUCAAGAUGCAUGCUCCAGCCCCGAUCAGCUCAUUGACGACGUGAUGAACAGCAACGAGCGCUUGGACAUUACAGACUGCUACAGCGACAAUGAAAAUCUAGAACGGCUCGGCCGUAAAGUCACUGAAUUCAUCAACGAGAACCGCCUGUCCAUACAAUCCAAUUCCACUGAGAACGGCAACGGCGGCAGCGGUGGCAGCGUGCACACGACAACGGCGCCGGAGCUGCGCGAUGUAGGCGUAAAUAGUAGUCCCUGUCUGAGUCGCUGCAGCAGCACUCAGAGCAGAAGACAAACAAAACAACAACAGCAGCAGCAACAGCCAGAGAAUGUAGCAGCGAACCACAGCAAUGCUAAUGGUGAGUCCUCACAGGAGCCUCUGGGCGAGGACAGCUGGUCGGAUGAAGAGGGUGAAGACACCGAUUAUAAUUACGCGUUGCGCCGCAGAAGCAUUGGACGUUUGCCCAUUGGACGUGGAAUGCGACCGAGACGUAGCUACAAGGCGCCGCUGUCUCAAAAGAUUGCCAUACACAAGCGUAAUGUGGUCAUCGUAUCCGAUGAGGAGAACACCUCCGAGUACAGUCAUUCGCCAUCGAGCCAACACUCGACGCUGGAAAGCAAUACAGAUAUGCCGGCCGAUCUAAAACUGAAGAAACAACAGCAACAGAACAUCAAUAACAGCUCUAGCGAGCCAGACUCAAGUGACUCCAGCGAAGAGGAGGAAGACGUGGCGGAGGCCAAAGCGAAAACGGCGCCGACUUCAGCGUUACCAAUGGGCGCCAUACGCAGCAGCGAUAUUAUAUCUAUACCAACAUGUGAGGCUGAUGGCGCCGUGAAUAUGGUUUAACCUAGUUAUGCAUAGCCUAAGUGAGAAAAGCUCCUACAACAAUUAACCGAAAUCAACUAUCUCUUUAUAUACUCAAAAAAAACCUCAAAACUGUAUGGUAUUAUAUAUGUCAUAUGUUAUACAUACAUACGUAUAUAUUUAUGUAUCUUUAUGUCCGAUAUCUGUGUGCAUUGUGUCUUUAGUUAAUAUGAUAUUUAAAACUAGUUGAUCCUCGAGCGUUGAUCGCUUUCUUUUAUAACGUCAACCUCAAUAUCCGUGUUCGCUUUUAAGGGUUAGGGGCAAACUUAUCUAUAUGUUUUCUAUAUAUGAUUGAAUUUCCUAGGUUCCACUCUUUACUUUAUGAUUUCGUUAUAUUCUGUAAGCUGCCUUUGUAAUAUAUAUCUAAAUGCCGUAAUUGUAUAUUUAGUUUAGCCAUUAAGUAGUUUUCAAUUUUAAGAGCUUAACUGCAACACGCUCCCAACUAAAAUACAAAGAAAAAAAAACGAAAAAAAAAAUAACAAAAACAAACCAAAACAGAGAAAAAAACGGUUAUAGAAUUGGCCUCAGGCAAUAUAUAGGAAAACAAAUAUACAUAUAUAUGUAACGCAAAAUAGUCAGGGAUAUUUUUUAUAUAACGAAAAUUUGCAGAGAUCGAUGAGAAUGUUUUUAAAGAAGCGCAUAAUAUAAUUUUGUAGCUCGCAUUGGAAUCCCUUCAAAGGAGUCAUUUGAAGGACCUCUAUACCGGCAAUCCUACUUACUUUUUCGAUAUGCACAAAAUUCAAAGCUUCAGUGCCUUAAAGCAAAUAUUUGAGAGAAUCGACAAAAAAGAAAACAAAGAAACAAAAAACCAGAAAAUAAUAUAUAAAUAAUAUUAAUAAUGUAUGAUGUGAAAUAUGUGCGCUUUUCUAAAACAGAAAUAACAAAUCAUUUGCUAUAGAAUCCAUAAGUUGUUCGCUCUAGUUAAUUUGAAACCACUCGAAAAGCGCACAUCACGCUGCAAAAGGAAAGGAAACACAUUAUAAAUAUAUACUUAAAAAACGAAUUACAAAUUUAAAAUAUUUCUAUAUACACUCAAC